AUCCCAGCGCGCAGAACUUGGGGAGCCGCCGCCGCCAUCCGCUGCCGCCGCCAGCUUCCGCCGCCGCAGGACCGGCCCCUGCCCCAGCCUCCGCAACCGCGGCGCGUCCACGCCGGCCAGCGCCCAGGGCGAGCCGGGGUCCCCGCCUGUGCGCUCCUCAGUGUGCCCCGCGCCCCGCAUGUAACCUGGCCAGGCCCCCGCGACUGUGUCCCCCGCAGCUCCAGCCCCGGGCUGCGCCCACCCGCCCCGACACCAGCUCUCCGGCCCGUUCGUCUGGGAUGGCCACGGCCAAGGCGGAGAUGCAGCUGAUGUCUCCGCUGCAGAUCUCUGACCCGUUCGGAUCCUUUCCUCACUCGCCCACCAUGGACAACUACCCCAAGCUGGAGGAGAUGAUGCUGCUGAGCAACGGGGCUCCCCAGUUCCUUGGAGCCGCCGGGGCCCCAGAGGGCAGCGGCGGCAACAGCAGCAGCAGCAGCGGGGGCGGCGGGGGCGGCGGGGGCGGCAGCAACACUAGCAGCAGCAGCGGCAGCACCUUCAACCCUCAGGGGGAUACGGGCGAGCAACCCUACGAGCACCUGACUACAGAGUCUUUUCCUGACAUCUCUCUGAACAACGAGAAGGUGCUGGUGGAGACAAGUUACCCCAGCCAAACCACUCGACUGCCCCCCAUCACCUAUACGGGCCGCUUUUCCCUGGAGCCUGCACCCAACAGUGGCAACACCUUGUGGCCCGAGCCCCUCUUCAGCCUGGUCAGUGGCCUCGUGAGCAUGACCAACCCGCCAGCCUCCUCAUCCUCAGCACCAUCUCCAGCGGCCUCCUCCUCCUCCUCCGCCUCCCAGAGCCCACCCCUGAGCUGCGCAGUGCCAUCCAACGACAGCAGUCCCAUUUACUCAGCAGCACCCACCUUCCCCACGCCAAACACUGACAUUUUCCCUGAGCCACAAAGCCAGGCCUUCCCGGGCUCGGCAGGGACGGCGCUCCAGUACCCGCCUCCCGCCUACCCUGCCAAGGGUGGUUUCCAGGUUCCCAUGAUCCCCGACUACCUGUUUCCACAGCAGCAGGGGGACCUGGGCCUGGGCACCCCAGACCAGAAGCCCUUCCAGGCCCUGGAGAGCCGCACCCAGCAGCCUUCGCUUACCCCCCUGUCUACUAUCAAGGCCUUUGCCACUCAGUCGGGCUCCCAGGACCUGAAGGCCCUCAAUACCAGCUACCAGUCCCAGCUCAUCAAACCCAGCCGCAUGCGCAAGUACCCCAACCGGCCCAGCAAGACGCCCCCCCACGAACGCCCUUAUGCCUGCCCGGUGGAGUCCUGUGAUCGCCGCUUCUCCCGCUCCGACGAGCUCACCCGCCACAUCCGCAUCCACACAGGCCAGAAGCCCUUCCAGUGCCGCAUCUGCAUGCGCAACUUCAGCCGCAGCGACCACCUCACCACCCACAUCCGCACCCACACGGGCGAGAAGCCCUUUGCCUGCGACAUCUGUGGGAGAAAGUUUGCCAGGAGCGAUGAACGCAAGAGGCAUACCAAGAUCCACUUGCGGCAGAAGGACAAGAAAGCAGACAAAAGUGUUGUGGCCUCUUCGGCCACCUCCUCCCUCUCUUCCUACCCAUCCCCGGUUGCUACCUCUUACCCGUCCCCAGUUACUACCUCUUAUCCGUCCCCAGCCACCACCUCAUACCCGUCCCCUGUGCCUACCUCCUUCUCCUCUCCCGGCUCCUCGACCUACCCAUCCCCUGUGCACAGUGGCUUCCCCUCGCCGUCGGUGGCCACUACGUACUCCUCGGUUCCCCCUGCUUUCCCUGCCCAGGUCAGCAGCUUCCCUUCCUCAGCUGUCACCAACUCCUUCAGCGCCUCCACAGGGCUUUCGGACAUGACAGCAACCUUUUCUCCCAGGACAAUUGAAAUUUGCUAAGGGGAAAGGGGGAAACAAAGGGAAAAGGGAGAAAAAGAAACACAAGAGACUUAAAGGACAGGAGGAGGAGAUGGCCAUAGGAGAGGAGGGUUCCUCUUAGGUCAGAUGGAGGUUCUCAGAGCCAAGUCCUCCCUCUCUACUCAGAGCGGAAGGUCUGUUGGCCAACAAUCCUUUCUGCCCACUUCCCCUUCCCAAAUUCCUGUUCCCUUUGACUUCAGCUGCCUGAAACAGCCAUGUCCAAGUUCUUCACCUCUAUCCAAAGAACUUGACUUGCAUGGAUUUUGGAUAAAUCAUUUCAGUAUCAUCUCCAUCAUAUGCCUGAUCCCUUGCUCCCUUCAACGCUAGAAAAUCGAGUUGGCAACAUGGGGUUUGGGCCCCUCAGAGCCCUGCCCUGCACCUUUGUAUAGUGUCUGUGCCAUGGAUUUCGUUUUUCUUGAGGUACUCUUGAUGUGAAGAUAAUUUGCAUAUUCUAUUGUAUUAUUUGGAAUUAGGUCCUCACUUUGGGGAAAAAAAAAAAAAAGAAAAGCCAAGCAAACCAAUGGUGAUCCUCUAUUUUGUGAUGAUGCUGUGACAAUAAGUUUGAACCUUUUUUU